AUGGUCCUCCUCUUGGCUGUGCUGGGCAUCAUUCUGCAGCCAUUGAUGGUCAGUGACCAGAUCGAUCUGGCCACGCACCAGCGGAUGCAGCAGCGUGAAGAGCAGCUGGGUCAGGAGAUGACUCGGCUGCAGCAGGAGUUAGAGAAGGUCGCUCAGGAGCCUCAGAGCAAACCUUUCCUGAAAGGUCUGUUCCUCACCAUGUGGAAGGUGUGGGUUUUUGGGGCCUUGGCUGUAGGCUUUGUUUUGCUCUUUGGACUCCUCUGGAUGGUCACCCAAGAGGACCCCGACUCUGACGAGUCAGAGAACAGCAGUGACAGCAGCUCCUCCAACAGUGACGAAGAAGAGGAAGCUCCCGUCAAUGAAUGGGAUCUUGGAAGAUUUCUUAUGCAGCAAAUGCAGUUACCAGUCGUGCACCUGGCCAGUACAUGCAAAGUGGUAGAGGCCCUGGUGGAGAACUUGGUCCAUGCCUGCCAUGUAAUCACCCUGGGGACUGCUCUGCUCCAUCUUGAACCAUGUAUUGGGGUGGGCAGCGCCUUUGAAGGCUGGAGCCCUCGUGGGGAUCCCGUGUACAGCCUGCUCGUGCCCCUGAAGCCACCGACUGGGCACUGCUUCCACAUGGAGCUGGGCACUGCCGGGGAGCUGCCGGCGAGAUGCGGCUGUGUUCGUGUGGAGCUGGAGUGCGUGUGCUCGAGGCAGCAGCUGCUGGGCGACGUUCAGUGCUCCCUCCACCGUGCUGAAGAUGAGCAGGACAGAGACGAGGGCCCCUGUCUCCUGCAGAACCUGUGCAGCCACUCCUACCUGGACGUAGAGAAAACGGCCCGCUGGCUCCAGUUAGUAGUCACCAACGCCUGGCUGCUUUUGCCUGCGUCGCACCGCUGCCACCUGACCGUGCUGCCCUCCUCGCGCUCCUGCAAGCUCCUCCUGGAGAACGUCUCCAGGAGGGCCUUGUCCAUUGAGAUCUUGCUUGGGGUGCAGGAAGAUGACUCAGGAGUUUUCCUGACCAGCCAGGAGGCAGAGGCCGGCCUCUCCAGCAGCACAACAUGGCAGGAGAGCUGUGCUGUGCCCGAGGUGCUGUUCUUCAGGCUCAUGGCCAAGCAGGCCCCUCGGGAUAGCUGCCACUUGACUUGUCUGAAGCUCUUUGCGCAUCUCCUGGAGGGCACUGGCUUUUCCACAGACUGCUUGAAGACCAUACUGAUGCACCUCCUCACAGUCACACCUCUGUCAGGCUGGCACAGAGGGGAUCUCCUGGAGUGCAUGGAUGAAUUCCUGCAGUACCUGCAGGGUUGCCUGGAGGAGAAGCAGCUGCACCACUUCUUCCUAGGCAAUGAGAGGGUGCCCAAGGAGGUCCUGCUGCCACUGGACUUCCGAACGGCUAACCCUCUCAAUCUCUUCCAGCACCUGCAGCAGGAGCCGGAGGCCUAUGCUCAGGCACUGCGAGAGUUCAGGGAGCUGCAAGAUCGUGUCAGGAGACUGUUUUAA